AUGGUAAGUGAAAACAGAGUGAAGGGUAAAAUGGACAUUUUCAUUACACUCCAUUGUUCUCGUCUUCUUCCUCUGUUCACUUCUCCAAUCUCCGCCACUGUUCCCUGAAACCCAAUUUUCAGUGGUUAGAUUUUGAUCGACUAUGGCCAAUCAAGGUGCCAAGAAGCGCAAGGAGGAGAACUCUCGCCACAUCACCAAUCUCCGCCGCCUCAUCAUCGCCUGCAACGCUAUUUAUUUCGUAUUUAGAAUGUUGAUUUUCCAUUCAAGUUUCACCUGGAAGCAUUGGAUUGGAUUGGGUGUUACAUCUGCAGCAUAUUUUUUACCUUAUAAACAACUCGCUCAGAUGGCGAAUCCUUCUUAUACUGAUGAUGGGGAGCUUUUGGAUGGUGGGUUUGAUAUGAGUACUGGUGGAGUUUGUGGUUAUUUACAUGAUAUAAUCUACAUCACAAGCUUUGUACAAGUAGCGUCCAUCAUCUCUGGAAAAUUUUGGUAUAUAUAUUUGGUGAUACCUGCUUUUGGAGCAUACCAAUGUUCUGGCUUUAUUAAGCAAAUCUUUUCCAGGGCCUCAGAGGGAGAUGUUGAGGAUGAAAAGAGUCGGAAAAAACGGGAAAAGCUGGAGAAGAAAGCUUCAAGAGGCAAGUUUGUCAAACAAAGAACUAGAUAAUCCACGAGCCCUUUGAGUAAGAGCAUGUUAGCUCUAGGAAUUGAGGCUCUGCAACAUGGCUAACACCCCAAGCGAACAUUGUCGAUGACUUGACAAAGACAAAGUGUUUAUUUUGCAGUAACCAUGAAACCCUCUCUGUUCUGUUUAUGUUAGAGUGGUUUAGCAAUAUUAUGACAAGGUUAGGGUUAAAAAAACUUUUGUAAGAAGCAUUGAGACAUGUUUUUGAACAGAAUUGUUUCAUGUAUUUCUUGGGGAACAAGUGAAGAAUGAAAUACAAGUAAAAAAUAAUAUGUGCAUGCAUGAAUGGGAGGUGAUUAUAAUACAAAAGAUGUAUUUGAACAAUAUUAAA